AUGGGUUUGUCCGUGAUUGGUGUGUUUCGCUGGCUUGCGCUCGUCCACUUGGUAAUGAUCGGCAGCGAGUAUGGUGGGGCAGCCCUGCUUGCGGGGCCAUCGAGCUCCGUUGGAUUGUUCAGUGGGCGACCAGGCACCCAGUCGGUUGAGGAUUUCGAAGACAGACUGCUGGCUGCUUAUGCAAAAGCGAAGUCUAAAGAUAAAAAGCUAACUGAGGCGGACUUUCUGCUUCAAUUGCCAGCAUAUCUUGAGCAUGAAGCGCUGCAGCUCUGGCGCAAGCGCAGGAAGGAUAUUCUCACAAAGCCUGAGGGCGCCUCUGACAGGGACUGGGAUCCCAUCGCUGACGUUAUUGCGCUCUUUAAGGAGCACUUCGGCGUUGCUAGUGCAGCGAAGGUGCGCGAGCUGCAGACCUUGAAGAAGCGCGAGGACGAGACCUGCAGGAUGCUAAGGAGCCGUCUGGAGCGCCUCGCUGAAGAAACAGGUUUGCUGAACGCGCGUGAGCAGGCAAUGACGUUUGUGAAUGCCCUGCCGCCUGCUUUGCGUGAACGCAUUGAGCCGAUCCUCUGGGCAAAAAGCCCCAGUGGCAUUUAUAGCCUGGAUGAUGCUGCGCAGGCUGCUGAGCGUGUUGAGCUUGCGCAGGCCUAUGCUGCUGGGAUGCGCGGGUGGGCAGAGGCUGGCCCGCCUAAGACCAAGCAUGCAUCUGCUCAUGCAGCCAGCGCUGCCGACUCCUCUGCUUGCUACAGGUGUGGGCACCCCGGCCACCAGGCCAACAGGUGCCCUGGCACGGACAGCCGCUGCCAGGCAUGUCACAAGCGCGGUCACACCGAAGCAGUUUGCUGGACGACGCACCCUGAGCUCAAACCCGACUGGACGAGCGAUGGUAAGAGCAGCGGUAGCCAGGAGCGAGGGCUUUCCCAGCGCCUGGAUGCGCUAGCAGCUCAGGUCGAGAAGCUGACCCUUCAAAUGGCCACCCUUGUGCAGGGCCGCCGGGUUGGCAACGCGCACCAAGCUGCACUCCCUGGACCCUCCGCCGGCUCUGAUGAUGAGGGCGCUGGCGCCCUAGACUCGACGCCAGCUGCAUACGGUGCAUUAGUCGGUGCCGCAUACAGUGCCCAGGGUGCCAAGCACCCGAUGGACGCAGCCUUUGAAGAUGAAGAGUACAAGGCCCGUUGCGCGGAGUACGAUGCCUACCGCGCGCAGAGGGAGAAGGAGGAGGAGGGCCGCAAGUGGGCUGAGAAGCUGCUAGAUGCUUGGGAAGAGCGGCAGCUCAAGCGGCAGGACGAGUAG